AUGGCAGAACAAAAGAACAAUGAGAAAGGCCCCGUGAGCCUCAAGGAGGAGCCGGCCAAGCAAGAACAACAGUCCGAGGUCGACUCCACGCCCUCAGAAGGCGAGGCUGGAGGGUGGGGUGCAUAUUUUAGAAUAUUUACCUAUGCCACGCGGUUUGAGAUUGCUCUACAGAGUGUCUCGGCGCUCUGUGCCGUUGCGUCUGGCUCUGGUGUUGCUCUCCAGACGCUGAUAUUUGGUGCAUUUAUCACCUCCAUCACCAAGUUUGCUACGGGAGACAAGACGCCGCCUGAAUUUCGACGUGAAACCUCAAGAUUGGCCCUCUACUUCGUCAUCUUGGGUAUAGGGAGAGCCGUUUUGGGGUAUACUUACAACACUCUCCUGACUUACUGCUCUUAUCGCAUCUCUCGUAAUAUUCGACGGGCUUACAUCAAGUCCGCCCUCUGUCAAGAGGUUGCAUUCUAUGACCUUGGUUCUGGAGGCUCCAUCGCCACACAGGCCACCUCCAAUGGCAAACUCGUAUCCAAGGGAAUUGCUGAGAAAUUGGGCCUCACAGCCCAGGGAAUAUCUGUCUUCGUUACUGCCUUCAUUGUCGCAUUUGUCACCAACUGGAAGCUGACGUUGAUCAUUUGCUGUAUUGCCCCUGCCACGAUUCUUGUCAUGGGCGUCGUUGCCGGCAUAGAGGCUGGAUACGAAACCAAGAUUCUCGAGGUAUAUGCCCAGGCCAAUUCAUUUGCGGAGGGCGUGAUUGCCAGUGCCAGGACGGUGCAUGCAUUCGAAAUGAGGUCCCGACUGGUCAACAAGUUCGAUCAAUAUCUUGAUGAAGCCCAUGGCUGGGGUAGGAAAAUCUCACCCCUGCUUGGCUUUUUGUUCUCCGCCGAAUAUACCAUUAUCUAUCUUGGUUUCGGUCUGGCUUUCUGGCAAGGCGUUCGCAUGCUUGCCCGAGGCGAGAUUGAAGAUCCCGGUGACAUCUUCACCGUCCUGAUGGCUGUGACCCUUGGUUCCAUCAACAUCACCAUGCUUGCCCCUCAUUCCAUCGACUUCACUCGGGCAGCCGCCGCCGCCGGCCAGCUUUUUGUUCUCAUUGAUCGCCAAUCCGCUAUAAACCCACUGGACAAGUCUGGUGAGCAACCAAGUGAGACUAUCGGCCAUGUUGAAUUGGAGAAUGUCAGCUUUUCGUAUCCUACGCGCCCGGGCAUCACGGUUUUGGAGGAUUUCACCCUGAAUGUUCCUGCUGGGAAAGUCACUGCUCUAGUGGGUCAAAGUGGUUCUGGCAAAAGCACCAUCAUUGGACUCAUUGAACGGUGGUACAAGCCCACCUCUGGAUCAAUCAAACUUGAUGGUCGGUCGUUGGAUCAACUGAACAUCAACUGGUUGCGAAAGCAUGUCCGUCUUGUCCAACAAGAACCCAUCCUUUUCCAGGGAUCAGUCUUUGACAAUAUUGCCUAUGGUCUCGUGGGUACUGAAUGGGAGAAUGCAUCGAGGGAAGAGCGCAUGACACAAGUGAGAGAAGCUGCUCAGCUGGCAUACGCCGAUGAAUUCAUCUCCGGCCUACCCAAUGGAUACGACACCGAGAUCGGCCAGCGAGGAGGGCUCCUUUCCGGAGGCCAGAAACAACGUGUGGCUAUUGCCCGUGCGGUUGUCUCUAAACCCAAGGUUCUGCUCCUGGACGAAGCUACCAGUGCUCUUGAUCCCCAUGCCGAAGAAGUGGUUCAGCAAGCCCUCGACCAAGCCUCCAAGGGACGCACCACCAUUGUGAUUGCACACAAGUUGGCUACCAUUCGCAAGGCAGAUAACAUUGUUGUCAUGACCAAAGGCCGGAUCAUAGAGCAAGGGAGCCACGAGGCCCUGAUCGCACAGGACGGCACGUAUGCCCGACUCGUUAAAAUCCAGAACCUGUCUGUUUCAGCCGAGGAAGAAGCAGAAGAGUCGACCUCGGAAAAUGAAGACAAGGAUAAAGCCGAGCACGUUUGCGCAGACCCGGCCGAUCUCACGAAGACCUUGACUCGGUUUGAAACGGCGGACAGAGCCCGCCUGGAAGCCCAGAAGGACAGGGACAGUUACGAGAACCAUAAGCACCUAGGUUUCGUCGGCGUGAUAUGGCGCCUCGUCAGAGAGAACCCAGAACUCAAAUGGGUCUACAUGAUCACACUCAUCGCGUGUGUUCUUGGUGCUGGAGCCAUUCCGGGCCAGGCCCUCUUGCUUUCAAAUACUGUAGAGGUGUUCACCUUGACUGGUCAGAGGAUGGAAGAUGAGGGGAGCUACUAUGCUCGGAUGUUCAUAGUCUUGGCCGCAGGCUGUUUGGUAGCCUAUUUCACUGUCGGCAUGGCAACAAACACAAUUGCUCAGGCUUUAUCUCAUAAAUUGAGGCGACAGAGCUUGGAGGAUAUAAUGAGACAAGAUCUUCAGUUCUUCGACCGACCAGAGAACAGCAUCGGCGCCUUGACAAGUCGAGUUGACUCAAACCCACAGGCUAUUCUUGAGCUUAUGGGCUUCAAUGUUGGUCUUAUCCUCAUUGGAAUACUCAAUAUUACUGUUUGCAGCAUCCUCGGUCUCGCCCACAGCUGGAAACUGGGUCUUGUGGUUGUUUUUGCUGGAUUGCCGCCCAUGGUCGGCUCUGGCUGGCUCAAGAUCCGCUCCAAUGCUAAGCUGGAGGAGGAUAAUGACAAGCGCACGAGCAACAGCGCUGCCAUUGCUUCCGAGGCAGUAACAGCGAUUCGUACUGUAUCUUCUCUAGCGAUCGAGGAGAAGGUCCUCGACAGAUAUGUGUCAGAGCUGGACCUUUCCAUCAGUGGCGCUGUGCGACCCUUGUGUCUCAUGAUGCUCUGGUUUGCGCUGACGCAGUCGAUGGAGUAUUACUUUAUGGCUCUGGGCUUCUGGUGGGGAUGCCGUUUGUUGUCUUUUGGAGAAGUCACCAUGUACAACUUUUUUGUUACCUUCAUGGCCGUCUUUUUCUCAGGCCAGGCAACCUCCGAGCUCUUCCAAUUUUCAACGAGCCUGACCAACGGAAAGAAUGCUGCCAAUUACAUCUUCUGGCUUCACGAGCUCCAGCCAACGGUCGAAGAAAACCCCCACAACAAAGACAACGCCCCCAAGUCUGGCGGACCAAUUGAUAUCGAUUCUAUCCGAUUCUCUUAUCCCCUUCGUCCAGAUGCCACUGUCUUGAGAGGGAUAGAUCUUCAUAUCAAAGAAGGUCAGUUUGUUGCCCUUGUAGGAGCAUCGGGCUGUGGUAAAUCUACCAUGAUCGCCAUGCUCGAACGGUUCUAUGACCCUUCCACGGGCAGCAUUUCUGUCAGCGGCGACGCCCUGACAAACCUGAACCCUCGCCUUUACCGACGCAUCGUGUCUCUUGUGCAACAGGAACCCACCCUGUUCCAGGGCACGAUCAGGGAAAACAUCGCGCUCGGGAUCGACGACCCCGACGCCGCUACGUCAGAGACAUCGCCAUCCUCACCUACCAACAGCACCAACGUCCCCGAAGCAGACAUCGAGGCCGCCCUCCGCGCCGCCAACGCCUGGGACUUCGUUUGCUCCCUCCCAGAGGGCGUCCACACCCCGGCCGGCGCCAACGGCACCCAGCUCUCGGGAGGGCAGCGCCAGCGCAUCGCCAUCGCCCGGGCCCUCAUUCGGAACCCCAGGAUCCUACUCCUCGACGAGGCGACGAGCGCCCUCGACACGGAGAGCGAGAAGCUCGUGCAAGGGGUGCUGGCCGAGGCGGCCAAGGAGGGCGACCGGAUCACGGUGGCCGUCGCGCACAGGCUGAGCACCAUCAAGGACGCGGAUGUCAUCUGCGUCUUCUACGGCGGCAAGAUUGUCGAGAUGGGGACGCACGAGGAGCUGGUUGCCAAGCGGGGCAUCUACCGCAAGAUGUGUGAAGCGCAGAGUCUUGAUUAA